CUAAAACAUGUGUACAGGAUUUAACUUUAAGGGAACACAAUAUAGAGCAAAUGUCUCUGAGCUUGUGCAGCGUGAAACACAAUCCUCCCCCCUCUGCUCACAUUUGGAGCUGCUGGCAGUUCCUCAGUGUCCAAGCAUCACUAACAGUGUUAUAGUACACGUCCGCCUGGAUGUCUAACAUCCAUGUUUCUCUACUUGCUAAUCUUCAUGGCGUAUCAUAGCAGCAGAUGGAUACCAAGGAGUAAGAGGUUGAAAUUUCAAAUAGUGAAUGCAGUGUUCAUGGCAAUUGUUCUGGGCUCUCAGCUGUACGUGAUGGCAAGGCCAAAAUCCUCCAGAUACUGCAGGCAGCCUCUUCUGAACAACCUGUCGGCCUCCGUCGCCCUGUCCUUCAUAGCUUCAGGUUUUUCAGUGGUAUUCACGUUGUUAGACCCAGUUCCUCAGAGCUUGUGGGCUUCCUAUCAUGUGUUUGGGCUGGUGUCAUGUGGACAAGGACUAUGUACUGCCAUCCUGACUCUGACAGCAGCAGCAUGUGCCACAACAACCCCAGAGCUGUACUACAUGUCUCUUAUUCUAACGGUCGCCUCUAUUUUCAGCACAGGGUUUUUCACAGUGAGAGGAGGACUCUGGUUGACUAACAGGCGGCCUGAGACGGACCCGAGCAGAAACAAUGAGCGAUAA